AUGAAGAGACUACUACGAGUUCUGUUGUCCGCCGUCGCGGUCGCGGCCCAGGACUGCAAAUGCCUGCCCGGCGACUCCUGCUGGCCCUCCAUCUCCCAAUGGGAGGCGCUCAACUCGACCGUUGGCGGUCGUCUUGUAGCGACUGUUCCACUGGGUUCGCCUUGCCAUGACCCCGACUACGACAGCGAGAAGUGCGACUAUCUCCAGAGCCAGUGGCAGUAUGCUGGGAUUCAUAUGGACGACUCGUCUUCGGUCAUGGCUCCCUUCUUCGCGAACCAGAGCUGUGAUCCCUUUCAGCCCCAAAGUCGGACCUGCGAGCUGGGCAACUACGUGGUCUACUCGGUGCGCGCAGAGUCAGCUUCUGACGUCCAAGCUGCCAUUGCCUUUGCCCAGGAGCACAGUAUCCGCUUCGUCAUCCGGAACACCGGCCACGACUAUAAUGGCCGAUCCACCGGCGCAGGCGCUCUGUCUGUCUGGACUCACUACAUGAAGGAUAUUGAGAUCCUCGGCCGAGCCGACGGCAAGGCGCUCAAGGUCGGCGCUGGUGUCCAAGGAUUCGAGGCCGUCGACGCGGCUCAUAAAGCCGGUCUUGUUGUUGUCGGUGGCGAGUGCCCUACUGUUGGCUUGGCAGGAGGCUACACCCAAGGCGGCGGCCACUCGGCGCUGUCGACCUCCUUUGGCCUCUCUGCUGACAACGUCCUUGAAUGGGAGGUCGUUACUGCCGCCGGGGAGCUUGCCCUCGGCGGAGGAGGUGGCGGCAACUGGGGCGUCGUGACCUCCAUGACCGUCAAGGCCCAUGCGGAUGCAGCUUGCAGCGGCGCCUCCGUUGUCAUCAUGGCCGCCGAGAAUGAGGAGACUGCCUUUUACAAGGCCAUUGAUGCGUUCCACGAGGAGCUGGCUGACAUGGUUGAUGCUGGCGCCCUUGUCAUCUACUACUUCUCCGCCGACUUUUUCCAGAUCGCACCUCUCACUGCGUACGAUCAGACCGAAGCCGACGUGCGCGCCAUGCUUUCGCCCUUUAUCAACCGCCUGAAGCGUCUCGGCAUCACCUACACAGAAAUCUACUCGGAGUCGCCCGACCACCGAACCCACUUUGAUCAGUACUUUGGACCCCUGCCCUUGGGCAACAUCCAAGUAGGCAUCGCGCAGUAUGGCGGCCGUCUCAUCCCCCGCGAUUCGAUCAACAACAUCACCUCAUUCACUCGGCUCAUCGGUGCUACUCCCGGGGCCAUCUUUAUCGGCGUCGGCACUGACGUGAGCCCCUUCGCCGCCGGCCAAAGCAACUCUGUGCUCCCCGCCUGGCGCGACGCUCUCGUCCAUGCGACCCUCACUACCCCCUGGGACUUUGAGGCUUCCUGGGAGGACAUGAUUGCCAACCAGGUGCUCAUGACGAACGAGCUCAUGCCCGCGAUCGAGGCACUCACGCCGGGCAGUGGCGCGUACAUGAACGAGGCCGACUUUCGCCAGCCAAACUUCCAGAGGGAGUUUUUCGGGAGCAGCUAUCGCCAGCUGAGCUGCAUCAAGAGCAAGUGGGAUCCCGAGGGUUUCUUCUACGCUUUGAACGGCGUCGGGAGUGAGAAAUGGACGGUCUCUAUUGAUGGGCGUAUGUGCAGGGCGUCGGACGACAUGGACCUGUGA